GUCGCAGUAAUGGCUACAGCUUCACCCAUAACACAACAGGUCAGGAGCUCUGUUACUCUUCCUCCGACUCCUGAAUCUCAGAUUCAUUCUGACUCAGACUUUGACAUUUCCGACGUAGAGGACUGUCUGAUUUUCAAUCGAAACGGAGCCUGUACAACCUUUAAGAGCUUAUUUCAACACCAGAAAGCUAUUAUUAUUUUUGUAAGGAAUUUUUUGUGCUACACGUGUAAAGAAUAUGUUGAAGACUUGAGCCGGAUUCCACAGGAAGUGUUAUCUAAUGCUGAUGUCCGACUUGUUGUCAUUGGACAGUCGUGCAGUUCCCAUAUUGAGGCGUUCUGCUUGCUGACAGGCUAUCGACAUGAAAUCUAUGUUGAUCCAGAGCGACACAUUUAUAAGAAACUUGGACUGAGGAGAGGGGAGACAUAUACAGACACAGCCACUCCAAGUCCACAUGUGAAAUCCAGCCUGCUUGUCGGCAGUAUGAAGAGCAUGUGGCGUGCCAUGACCAGUCCUGCGUUUGAUUUCCAGGGGGACCCUCUUCAGCUUGGCGGAGCGUUUAUCAUUGGCCCAGGACCCAUUGUUCAUUUUGCACAUUAUGACAACAACAGAUUCAACCACACGCCCAUCAACUGCUUGCUUGAGCUAGCCGGAGUGCAGAAGGUCGAUUUCAACAAACGUUGAAACCAUUCUGGUUUAGAGCUGCACUAGUGGAUAUUGUUUAGAAAAUCUACACAGUAGAAUAACUAGUGACAUUUUGCAUUGUGUUUUUUUAAUACGUGAACCACGAGUCAUUCCAUAAAACUGAACUACUAAACCGAUGAGACCAACAGACCUCCGCUGAGGUGUGUAAACAAAAGUGAGUUUGACGGAAAAGAAGUUUUAAUAAGUCAGUACAAAAAGCCUUAAAGUUUUUUAUAUGACCAAAAGUAUGCGGACACCCACCUUAAUGACUGAGUUCCGGUGUUAGACAAACCCAUUGCUAAGAGGUUGAUAAAAUGAAUUAUACUGAGUAAAUGCUAUGCUUUAGAGCAGUGGUCCCCAACCUUUUUUGCACCAUUUAAAUGUGUAAUGUAUAGUAAAUUGGCUUUACAUUUACAGUGAGAGCUUUUGCUUGUACAUAUUUGAAGAGCAGACAGUAAUUUGUAAUGAUUUUAAUGUUUUGACUCCAGUCUGACUGAAAAUCGCCCCGGAUUGCUCUCAUAGACUCUCAUGUUAAAGCUCUUUUUUGCGAACUGCAGGCACUGUAAUGCAUUUUGAAUGAGUUCCGGGAGGGCUGGCACUUAUGUGCUUGCCUCACACAUAAUCGUUCCUUAUUUGGAAACUAAAGGUGGUGUUCAGUAUUUUUAUCAGUGGGAGAGAAAUGCUGCAGAGUAGACUGAGACAGGGCGAUGUGUAUGAAACAGAAGGAAACUGCUGCUACUGUGGGAAUUACAAAGCGUUUGGUUAUUAUUUUAAGUAGUGUUCACUUUUAGUCUUAGUAACGCUGUGUGUGCGCAGGGAUAUCAGCAUAACAACCUGUUAUUACUUCAAUGUUUGAGUAGCUCAGUGGGCAGAGAGCGCCUCGCGUAUUUUUCCGCCCUAGGUUCGAAUCCGGCUUAGGGCGAAAGUAAAGUAACACAAGCAGGGCCGGCACUUUUCUCACUGCCCCCUAAGCAACGCAGUCCAGAACCGGGGUUGCAUGUCAGUGUGAAGAUGGAUUAUGUAAAAAUGUUGUUUGCACUAUUGAGAAAAAAUGUUACAUGAUGUUCUUUAUGUUGUUUUGUCUAAAAUAUGGUUCUGAUUUAUUAUUAUAAAGAAAGAAAAUAAUAUACGUUAAA